AUUUUCAGAAAAGCAGCCGUAUUACUGUCGUCGGCAUUUGAGGCAGCAAUAAAAGCAGCUGGGUGUUUGUGAAUGACAAGAGUGGGAUACAAUUCCUGAUCGUUGAAGUUUGAUCGAGAUUGUUCAAGGAUUAUUGAAACGUUGAAUUUUAUGAUUUGGAAAUAUUUCAUUUAGAAAAUGGGAGGGUUAUUAAGUUAUUUUCGCAACUUGCUUGGUAGUCGGGAGAUGCGCAUUUUGAUUCUCGGUUUGGAUGGCGCUGGAAAAACCACAAUUCUUUACAGGUUACAGGUUGGGGAAGUCGUGACAACAAUUCCAACCAUAGGAUUCAACGUUGAACAAGUCACUUACAAGAAUCUUAAAUUUCAAGUUUGGGACCUCGGUGGUCAGACAAGUAUACGACCUUACUGGCGAUGUUAUUACUCUAACACAGAUGCAAUUAUUUACGUGGUGGAUUCAGCAGAUAGAGACCGAAUAGGGAUAUCAAAAGAUGAGCUGAUUUACAUGUUAGGUGAGGAUGAGCUGCAGGGGGCGAUCCUCGUUGUCCUGGCGAAUAAACAAGAUAUGGCCGGGUGUUUGAGUGUAGCUGAGGUCCACCAGGCUCUUGGUUUGGACGCAUUGAAAAACAGAACAUUUCAAAUAUUCAAAACGUCAGCAACCAAAGGAGAAGGACUGGACAUGGCGAUGGACUGGCUAUCGAAUGCACUGCAAAGUAGGAAAUGAUUGACGUUAAUCCAAAGCUUACAUCAUUCGAGCCUUAUUAUAAGACUAGUCAUAUGACUGUCACCUGAUCGAAGUGUCUUCGUGUGGUGCAAGAUGCCUCAUUUAGAUUUUGAUACUUAUUUAUUAUGUUGAAAUAUUUUUACAUUCUCCGCAUCCCUCCCCAAGAGUGCAAAGAAAUAGAUAACAUGAAUAAAUUUGGUAAAUUGUUUGGACGAAUGGUAAAAUCCUACAAGCCUCCCUUAAUCUGCUCUUACUCAUCAUUUUUAAAACAGGGAAUGAAAGCUGAGUGAAUGGCAAUAAUUGUUUUUCCAUGACAACAAUCCACAAAAUAGUCCUGAAUUGUUAUCAUCAAAUAAUAAGGUUCACUUACAUUUGUUAAAACUGUACAGACUAUUGUACAGACUCAUGAGUAAUCAAAAAAUAUCUCAACAAAGACCAGAACUUUAAUACGAGUUAUAUAAUUCACCGAAUCACCAAAGAGCGAAUGUAUCAUAAAAAUUCACAGCGGGAUAUGUGAAAUAAGUAAAUCACAUCUAAAAUGAAGGUACACCACAUGAAGCACUUGAUCUUAUAAUUAAAUAUAGUGAUCACAUUGAUUGGCUGGUUGUAAUGAUAAGCAAUGCUUUUAUAAAGGAAUAAGGUGAGAGAAUUGUUUAAUAUUGAAAACUUCGAUACGUGAUCCGGCAUGAGCAUAUGACCAUUAGUUGAAUCCAAAGAUUUUACACUAAUGAGUGAUCGUUGUGUGUUGUGCUCAGUGUUGGGGUUGAUGCUUGGAAUAGAAUACGAUAUUAUUAUGAAAUUAGUACACCACAAAUAUCAAAGAGAAAGAUCGAAUAAAUCUUCAAUGAUUUGGAUAAUGAGAUACAAAUUAAUAUUCCAACAUGACUAUGGGUCAAUAUGCGUACAUAUGUUGGGCCUAAUCAGAGAAUCAUAAUAUAUUAUAAAGGCGAAUGACUUUAACCAUGGAGAAACUGCAUACAUAAUACAAAAUACAUUUAAUGUAUGAUUUAAAAUUUUGUAAUAUUCCAUUCUCUUAUAUUAUAGUAUUUAAUAAUGUAAUAAAUAGGCAGUUACGUAUGAAUAUGAAAA